CCUUGGCCAACCAAUUGCGAGGCUCCGCAGGCGAGACCCUGUGCCUGGCCGGGUUUGGGGGAUCCUGGGCUUGUAGGACUCUGCUGCGGUCACCGUGUCCCCGUGCCACCGCCGCCCGCUACCCAGUGUGGUCUUCCCUGAGAACCUCAGGUUAGCUCUUCUUCCUGUUCUGCUUCAACCUUUAACCCGUGAGAGUGUGCCCUACCUACUACAUCCAAAGUACAAUCCAGAUCCAAGGCAGCAAGGCUCAAAAAGAGGUCACGAUGGGGUUUAUCUUUUCAAAACCUAUGAAUGAAAACAUGAAAAAGCAGCAGGAGUUCAUGCUUAUGAAUGCUCGACUUCAGCUGGAAAGGCAGCUAAUGAUGCAGAAUGAAAUGAGAGAAAGACAAAUGGCUUUGCAGAUUGCUUGGUCUCGGGAAUUCCUCAAAUAUUUUGGGACUUUUUUUGGCAUUGUAGCCAUCUCUGUAACAGCUGGAGCAAUAAAAAAGAAGCAGCCAGCUUUCCUCUCCCCUAUAGUUCCGUUAGGCUUCAUCUUCGCCUACCAGUAUGACUUAGGCUAUGGAACCCUUCUACAAAGAAUGAAAGGUAAGCCUUUGAUAAACCAGAGUCUCUGUUUCUGAUUCACUUUCUGGUUC